AUGGCGAUGAAGCACGAGGCUGUGGCCUCGUCCUUGGACCCCAAUGCACACAACACGGGGGCGGAGAACCGACGGAAGCGGACGCUGGGCCAUGUUCGACUGAUGCAUCACGACACCAACGCAAUAAUUCUAGUCCCGACACCUUCGUCGGAUCCCAUGGACCCGUUGAAUUGGCCAGCGUGGAAGAAGAAUUACAUUGCGACGCUUCUCUGCAUCACCAUGGCCAUGUCCAACUUUCUUGCGGCUGGCCCGACCAUUGCCAUUGUCGAUACCGCGCUUGACUUCUUUCCCGAUGCUAUCCGGACGAAUUCCCUCAUGACUGCCGCAGUUCCCAGCGUAGCCUACUUCUUCACCACCACCUCCUUGCUUCAGGGAACCGGAAAUCUCUUCUGGGUCCCAAUGGUCAACAAAUGGGGACGUCGACCGGUGUACGUCUUCAGCUACCUCGUUUACUUUGGAACUUCCGUGUGGCUCAUCUUCGACAAGUCAUACGGCGGCUUCCUCGCCGCGAGGAUCUUGAUGGGGUUUGGUGCUGGCGCCGCGGAAACCAUUGCGCCCAUUUCCAUUGCCGACGUCUUCUUUCUUCACCAGAGAGGACGCGUCAUGUCGUCAUACACCUGCUUCCUGUCCAUUGGUGUUGCCGUCGGAUUGAUCAUCUCCGGCUUGAUCACCGUUCAUCACCAUUGGCGCGCAAUCUACCAAGUCGGUUCAGCUCUCGUUGGAUUCAUUCUCCUACUGGCCAUUUUCACCUUUCCCGAGACUGCCUAUCCCCGAGAAAGGCUCGUUGGUACCCCGCAUACCGGCUUGAUGGACGAGACCAAGUCCCACGGCUCCUCUCCGUCUGAAGUGGAGGCAAGUUCCCAGACUGUCCCUAAGAAGCGCACAUACCUCCAGUCACUCAACAUCUUUUGCGGUGCCUUGACCAAGGAAAACGUGUUCCGGAUGAUGAUUCGUCCUUUCGGUCUCAUUCUUCUACUGCCCGUUCUCUGGGCUGCGCUUGUCCAAGCCGCUACGAUUGGAUUCUUGGUUGCCGUGUCGUCCAACGUCGAUCCCGCCUUCGAGCAGACGUACCACUUCAAGCCCUACCAAGUAGGACUGUGUUUCAUAUCUGCAAUCGUAGGGUCAUUGCUCGGUAUCCCGGCCGGUGGGCAUUUCGGCGAUGUAGUUGCGGACCAUCUCACCAAACGAAACGGUGGGAUCCGCGAGCCCGAGAUGCGACUCCCAGCGGUGACAUUGUCCGUCAUAACUUCACCCCUGGCGCUUGUUCUUUACGGCGUCGGCAUCGAGCACAAGCUGCAUUGGAUAUGCCCGACCGUGGGGCUAGGUCUUUUGAAUUUUUCCAUCACCCAGGCCACAAACAUUUGCUUGGUGUACGUCAUCGACGCAUAUCGGCCGGUUGCAGGCGAAGUGACGCUGGCCGUCAUGGGAUUCAAAUCUCUGUUUGGUUUCUUGUUGUCGUUUGAGACCAAUCCUUGGAUCAACGUGAGCGGCUACCAGAACGCCUACGGAGCCAUGGCUGGAAUUUCCGCAGGUGUCCUCAUCAUGUGGGUUCCCUUGUACUUGUGGGGCAAGAGGAUCAGGCAUGCGACUUGGAAGUGGAGGGUCUUGACGUUUAUACAUUGGAACGAUGACCGUGAGGUUGGAGAGUAG